GUUCAGCGCCCGGUACCCCGAGGGCUUCCACCUCGCUAGCAACACCUUUGCUUCUCCUCGCAUCCCCAGCCCCUGCUUGUCCCGGCCUCGCCAGGCCCCGCUGGGUCGGACGAAGUGCUCAGAACUUCAUUCCGCUUCCAGGGCCCGCUUGGUACCCCUGACAUCUUCAGUGUCUUCGAGGCCGCUCCGCUCGCUUUUCUUUCCCGUUUCUGUGGUGUUGGGCGUCUUCUCGGCCAGAGCGAAGCAUGGAGUCAGCCAGGGGCCUGGCGCCUGAGGAAGGCCGGGCGGGAAGAUCGGGCUCCCUCUGACCCCUCAGCUUCUCACAAGUGAGCAGCUGCCCUGGUGGAAACUAGGCAACCCAGCCCAGGUGCCGAAACCCCAGAGGGACCCUCAGCGUAUCAUGCAGCGGUAACAUGUUCCCAGCAUUGGAAACUGACCUGAAGCAGGAGGCACAUCCUGAUCCCUAUGAGGACUUCAUGUACCAUCACCUCCAGUAUUAUGGCUAUUUUAAAGCUCAGAAAGGCAGUUUACCAAACUCUGCAACACAUCAGCGUGUCUGGAAGAACAGCCCUCGGUACCUAUUAAAUGGCUCUUCAGGAGAAAGAGAUGAACCUCUGCAUAAGGAGAAGUUUCUAUAUUCAUUUAGGCUGAAUUCACCACUUCUUCGAAGCAGACAACUUCUUUGUGAUGAGUUGGAUGAAGUAAAUCCCCGUCUUCGAGAACCCCAAGAACUUUUUUCUCUCUUCUCUACCAGAGGUCCACUACAGGCUCCAAGAUGGCCAAUAGAAUGUGAGGUCAUCAAAGAGAACAUCCAUCAUAUUGAAUGGGUUCCUCCUCAACCAGAAUAUUUCUAUCGACCUACAGGAAAUGAAAGGGUACCAGAAGUUGUAGGAGAAGAGAAAGGCACAGUUGUCUAUCAGUUAGAUUCAGUGCCCACUGAAGAAGGCUUUUUCACCAACUCCAGAGUGGGAGGCAAGCGGGGAAGCAUCAAGGAGCUGGCUGUCACCUUGCAGGGGCCACAGGAUAACACCCUGUUGUUCGAGUCCAGGUUUGAGAGUGGGAACCUGCAGAAAGCCGUCAGAGUAGGCACCUAUGAGUACGAGCUCACCUUGAGAACCGACCUCUACACAAACAAACACACCCAGUGGUUUUAUUUUCGAGUUCAGAACACCAGGAAAGAUGUCACCUACCGCUUCACCAUUGUCAACUUGCUGAAACCCAAGAGCCUGUAUGCCAUGGGGAUGAAACCCCUCAUGUACUCCCAGUCGGAUGCCAACACCUACAGCAUCGGCUGGAAGAGAGAAGGAAGUGAAAUCAAGUACUACAAGAGCAACGUGGACGAUGGGCAGCAGCCCUUUUACUGCCUUACCUGGACCAUCCAGUUUCCACACGACCAGGACACUUGCUUCCUUGCACACUUUUACCCAUACACUUACACUGAUUUGCAGUGCCAUCUCCUGGCCAUAGCGAAAAACCCCAUCCAGUCUCAGUUCUGCAAGCUCCAAGCUUUAUGCCGGAGCCUGGCAGGAAAUACCGUCUACAUGCUCACCAUCACCAAUCCAUCCAAGACCCCUCAAGAGGCAGCUGCAAAGAAAGCCGUGGUGCUGAGCGCCAGAGUCCACCCUGGGGAAAGCAAUAGCUCCUGGAUUAUGAAAGGCUUCCUGGACUUCAUCCUCAGCAAUUCUCCAGAUGCGCAGAUCCUCAGGGACGUCUUUGUCUUCAAGGUGGUUCCCAUGUUAAAUCCAGAUGGAGUGAUCGUGGGGAAUUACCGGUGCUCACUAGCUGGCAGGGACUUGAACCGGCAUUAUAAGACCAUUCUGAAGGAGUCGUUCCCUUGCAUUUGGUACACCAGGAACAUGAUCAAAAGACUUAUGGAAGAAAGAGAGGUUCUCUUGUAUUGUGAUUUCCAUGGGCACAGCCGCAAGAAUAAUAUCUUCCUGUAUGGCUGCAACAACAAAGACCGCAGGCAUUGGCUUCAUGAGCGUGUGUUCCCAUUGAUGUUAAGCAAAAACAUACCAGAUAAGUUCUCUUUUCGCAGUUGUAACUUUAAGGUCCAAAAGUGCAAAGAAGGAACAGGACGGGUUGUGAUGUGGCGGAUGGGAAUCCAGAACAGCUAUACCAUGGAGUCCACCUUCGGCGGGUCCACCCUGGGCAGUAAAAGAGACACUCACUUUACCACUGAGGAUCUGAAAUCCCUGGGCUAUCACAUCUGUGACACGCUUCUGGAUUUCUGCGAUCCUGACCAAACAAAGUUCCUUCAUUGUCUAAAAGAGCUUAAGGAGCUCUUACACCAGGAAAUCUACAAGAAGUUCAAUGAACUUGGACAAGUCAUGAAUUUAGAAGGAAGUUGGAGUGAUAUUCCCUUAUCUGAUAUUGAAUCCAGCACCAGUGGUUCUGACAGCUCCUUCUCAGAUGGCCUCCCUGUUAACCUACUGAAUUUAGUGGAUGAGCUGAAUCGGAAGAAGAAGACGGCAAAGAAGAAGAAAAAGAAGCCGCUUCAGACCCGGAAACAGCGAAACGAGCAGUACCAGAAAAAUUAUUUGAUGCGGGAAUUAAAGUUAAUGGAAGAUUCCCCGGGAGCAACGGCAGGGUUUGCUACUACUGUGCAAAAGCAGCCUACCUUCUUAAAACAUUUGGAGAAUUCCUCAGCUUCCACAAUGAGAAACGACAAAUCAAGGUUCAGUGAGAGACAGUUAAGUGGAAGAAGUAAAGGCCCCUCUCUGGAUUCACCAAUGGCCUCCCUGAUUCUACCAAAGAAUAAAGAGACUAUGCAGAGCAAGAAGCCAGGCUUUACAGCAUCAGGCUCUCCAAAGAAAAGCACCAACUCCAGCCUGCCACCAGGUCCGGAUACAAAGCCAGACUGGCUCAAGAACAAAUAUUCAGCCCCAAGGACAGGCCGCCCCUCCAUGACCACAUAUCCAUCCUUGCACAUUUACACGUACCCAUAGGCCUGCCUGGGCCAUGCCACAUGGGCUCCUUCUCCAAGGGCUUGUUUGGCUUGUGCACAUCGGGGAAGGGACACGGGCGUGUGGAAAGUGCUCGGGUUUGAGGUGCCCUGGCGUGCGUGCACCCCAUACUUGCGCUGGUGCACAUACCUCAUGAGUUCAAUUAUUUUAUUUUCCUAAAAUAAAAUGUUAUUAUGUUGCAUAGAAAAGCCUUUAUCAGAAACUAAAGAGUAUGUUCACAACACACAUAGACCUCCUCUUAGCCAAUAGUUAUUCUCUCUAGAGUUAGGUGCAAAUCAAUUAUAAAAGACUUUUCAACAUGUUUCAGAAGCAUGUUGUAUAUUUUUUCAAGUGGUGAAUGAAAAUGUAAUGUCAUAUGUAUUAUGUUCAAAGGUUAUGUGAAUUUUUUUUAACUCAGUGAUUAAAAUUCUCUCUAACCAGA